AUGAGCGAUUCCGAAGAUGUAGUAAAAGUUGAAAGUUGUGUUUUGGGUACCAAAGGGCAUUGGGAUUCAGCAUAUGAUAGAGAAUUAGAUUGUUUUGAAGAAACAGGUGAUGUUGGUGAGAUUUGGUUUGGUAAAUCAUGUUUAAAAACAAUGUGUAAAGGAGUUUCACAAUUAUCAGAAUUAAAUAAAGAAACUUCAAAAAUUAUAGAUUUAGGUUGUGGUAAUGGAAUGACUUUAAUUGAAUUAUCAAAAUUAGGAUUUAAAAAAUUAGAUGGUUCAGAUUAUUCAGAUAAAGGUAUUGAAUUAGCAAAGAGAAUUAUGGAACAAGAAGGAUUUAAUCAUAUAAAUUAUUUUGUAGAUGAUAUUACAGAUUCAAAGAUUGAACAAUAUGUUUAUGAUGCAGUUUUAGAUAAAGGUACAUUCGAUGCAAUUGCAUUAUCAGAGGAUAGAGAUAGAAUGAAACAAUUAUAUAAACAACAUGUUGAACAUAUCUUAAAACCUGAUGGUAUUUUCGUAAUUACAAGUUGUAAUUACACUGAAAAUGAAUUAAAACUUUAUUAUACUUCACCACAAUUCGAAUUUAUUAAAAAUAUUCAAUAUCCAGUUUUUAGUUUUGGUGGUUCAAAAGGUACAACUCAAACAACUUUAAUUUUUAAAAAGAAAUAA